CUUUUUAGAACAGUAGUAGUGACCUUACUUUUCAGUCCACCUUAAUCGGUUAUUACACAUCCUCUGGCCACAUACGAUUCCACUAGAUUACUCGACUCUGUGCCCAUCAUGAGGCUCAGUCCGCAACGAGCACCGCUUAUUAUUUUGCUUUUACCUUCACUGGCCCUUGUCACCUCUGCACUGGACGCGAAAAUCGUCAAGGAUGCUUCCAACGUCGGUGCAGACAGUGCUUCUUCUCAAUCCCCUCUCGACUCGACCAUCACGUCCCAAAAGACGUCUAAAUUCGAUGUAGGCACUAAAGAUGCCCCUGUGGAUGGCAAAGACGGGAUGCCGCACGAGGGUCCCUUCGUGAGCAUCGACAAGGGUCGCAAAAAGGGCGAGGCUGCUGAUGCCACGGAACCCAAAGCUCUCCCCGUUCUGAAAGAUAGACCGGUAGAUCCCACUGUCAUCGAUGGAAAGAAAAUACCCGAAAGUAAUGAUGGUGUCAUGGACGAUCCUCAUCGCCAACCUCCCAAGCAAGGCACCACCGGUACGGAGGGGGGUGUGAGCCAAAAGGACAAGGCUAGGAAGGCUAAGGAGGGAGAGACUGGGGAGAGGGUCGAGAACGUGCCCGAAACUCCUAAAGAAAAGCCCCCCUUGCCCCACAGCGAGCAAAAGAAGAUUCCGAGCGAGAAGGUUAACAAGAAGGAAAAGGGCAAGGUCGACUUACACCAGACGCCUGAAGACGUAGCUGGCCUUGAGAAACCUUCCGACCUACCAGAUAAACUACGCGACGAUCCGAACCCGCUUCCCAACUCGGCCAACAAAGACCACCUUGACGUGUCCAAACCUACCAAGUCUACUGCUGGUGCAUGGGAGAAAGGCAACGAGGGCAAUGAUGGCAUUAUCCAACCCCUUCACUCUUUCGUUCUUUCACUUACCAUGAUCCUCUUCUCCGAAAUCGGUGACAAAACAUUCCUCGUUGCCGCACUGAUGGCUAUGAAACACGACCGUAUGGUUGUAUUCUCGGCCGCCUUCGGUGCCCUGUUGGUCAUGACCGUCCUAUCCGCAGUCUUGGGCCAUACGGUACCAGCUCUGAUACCUAAGAGGGUCACGGCUUUCCUAGCCGCAGGGCUAUUCUUUAUUUUUGGCGCCAAGAUGUUACGCGAGGGUAUGGCUAUGGAUCCGGACGAGGGUGUUACAGCAGAGAUGCAAGAGGUCGAGAUGGAGCUUCAGGAGAAGGAACAUCAGGCCCUAAAACAAGGCAGACGGCGUUCCUCCUUGUCCCCGUAUGCUCUAGAGAUGGGACUCAACCGCGACCGGAAGUCAAGAUCACAAUCUCGGUUUCCUACUCCGCCUCGCAGCCCUUCGACCUCGCCGGGCAGGAGUCCUUCUCCUCGACGUGGUUUUCUUGGCGGGUUCGGAGUUGGCCUAUCAAAUCUCUUCUCGUUACUACUAAGUCCCGCAUGGGUGCAAACUUUCGUCAUGACCUUCUUGGGUGAAUGGGGGGAUCGCAGCCAGAUCGCGACAAUUGCUAUGGCUGCUGGCCAGGACUACUGGUGGGUGACGUUAGGUGCCGUGCUCGGACAUGGCUGCUGUACCAGCGUGGCAGUCAUUGGCGGUAGGGCUAUUGCCGGUAGAGUCAGCUUGAGAGUUGUAACGAUAGGAGGUGCUGUUGCUUUUUUGGCGUUUGGCUUCAUCUACUUUGUGGAGGCGUUCUACGCAUAGCGUCUUGUUUUCCAAAAGAAUCGAGAACCAAAAUGCAAUUUCCCCUCCGACUACAACCCAU